AUGGAUCCACCUUCUAAGGGUGGGUUCUCGAUUUCUCUCGGCUCAAAAAGACCUACUGGUGGGUCUGCGACGACUGCAAGAAAGCCGGUGCCCGGUGCAUCUGCCUUUUCCAAGCCUGGGACCAAACGUGGACCAGCUCUUUCCGACGACGAGGAUGAUGACACCCAUGAAGACGACCACCGAAAUAAAGUACAGCUGGUCACAGGUUUUGGGAGUAAAGGGGCGGUCACUGCUGAGGGCGAGAAAGAAGUGAAGGCUUUGGUCAUACCAUCAUUGAGGAAUAAGGAUUGGCGGGCUGAGAGUCGGAAGAAGAAAGGGAUAUAUUUGCCUCCAGAGGCGACAGCUCAAAAGGAUGGGCAACCGGUUGAUACACGAGAUAUCAUUGGAGACGAGCCGAUGAAAGUCGGUCUACAAUUCGUAGAGAGAUCAACGGCCGGCAUGACUAUCGCCGAGGGGGAUGUCGCGAUGUCAGAUGCUAAGGACCAGGAUGCUGAAGGCGAAGAGGCAACUAAGAAAGUCGAGAAGACGGAAGAUCAGCUUGCGAUGGAAGCCUUGCUGGCUGGGGACAAGGCAAAGGCUAGUACUUUGACGAUACCAGCUGCUUCAGGGAAUGUAGCGGACAAUCGAGUUGCCGUUCAGAAUGAAGACGACGCAUAUCGAGCUGACGUCGCGUCCAGACCGGACGCCGCGACGCUUGAAGAAUACGCUGCUGUACCUGUAGAGGAGUUUGGUGCGGCUUUGCUCAGAGGCAUGGGCUGGAAGGAAGGCGAAAGUAUCGGAAAAUCGGGAGGUGCAGGAAAUAAACCGAGAAUCGUUGAAAAGCGAGCCGCUUUCCUGGGUAUAGGUGCCAAAGGUCUCGGGGCAGAAGAGAUGGGUGCUUGGGGCAAAGGCGAUAAGAAAGGUCGGCAAAGGGUUGAUAAAACCUAUUUGCCGAUUACCUUGGUGGACAAAAAUGGAAAAAGGGUGGAGGAGGAAUCAAGCAAAGAUUUAGUCAAGAAAGAUGUGGAAAAAGACUGGAAGGGUAGGGAUGAUAGGAGCCGACCCGAAAGGAGAGAUAUAGACUACAGAGACGAUAAAGAGAGUUCUCGGUCAAAGCGUGAUCGCGAAAGGUAUCGAGACGAUGAAAGAGAUCGUGACAGGCGGGAUAGGGAUAAGGGCCGGGAUAAAGACAGGGACAGAGAUAGCUAUCGCGAACGGUCACGCGACAGGAGGGACCGAGACAGGUAUAAAGAUAAAGAUAGCAGCAGGGAUUACGAUCGAAAACACCGUUCUUCUGAGUAUGAUGAUCGGGAUCGAGACCGACGGAGACACCGAAGUCGUAGUCGAGAGCGGCACCGGCGUUGA